CCCAAAAGUAGAAGCAAAACGAGCCCACGGAUAGCCUCAUCGCCCUAUUGACAAUUCUACCCCUCCGCCGUCGGAUCAACCGCUUCGCCUCCGCCUCCUCCUCUCGCUCUCCUCCUCAUCGGAGAAAUCUCGCCGCCGCCGGCGAUGGGUUUCUUCCGCCGGAUCGCCGGCAUGUUUGGAAUCUCCAGGGACGACGCCGACCACCACCCCCACCACCACCACCACGACGGCGCCGCGGGGGACUCCGCCGCCGCCGCCGAAGUCCCGCAGGAUAAGGUCGUCGCCGCCGCGGCCGCCGCGGCGGCUGCCGGGAACGUGCAGAGGCGCGGGUUCAGCGUCCAGGUCCCCGUCCCCGUCGAGCGGCCCGGGCCCGGGCCGGUGCUCGUGCCCUGUCCCCAGGGCGACGGCGGCGUUCAGGGCUUUAGGUGGUAUACAAGGAAGCUAAGGAUUGAUGAGGAUGGUGAUGUCGCAGAUGAGUUCUUGGAUGAAGUUGUUCCAGAAAUCUCGAUCAACAACGACUCAACUCCAGCUGGAAGAUAUCAAGUGAAAUAUAAUACAAAAUCAGCUGCUCUAGCAAUGAGAAAGCAAAUAUCCGUCAUUGAUGGUGACAUCUGUCAUUCCUUGGAGUACCAAGGGCGCCUGCGUUGGGUGUGACUGUCAUGUAAGCUUGAGUUGUAGUGUGCUGUCACCUCAAGAACUGCCAAUCACUCUUGGCCAAAGGAUUGCAAGAAUUUGAUAUGCGCGUCUGCCUUGGAGCCUCCCAGGAGUGUGGAUCUGUGGAGUUCUUGGUUGAUGCGUCAUUCUUAAAUUUGAGUGUUUUGGGAUGCCUGGUUUGGUCCCUUGUACCACUAGCAGUAGUUGUACAUUGUUGAACUUGAACUGAACAAUUACAGGAGUAAACAAGCUACUGCUAGAACAGCAGAAAGGGAAUGUGUAUUUGCAAAUAGAGCCACUGAAUCCUUGAUCAAUCUAUUUUGCAUUACACGGAGUGAUGUGUUGAUUUUA